GGGGUCACAUGAGCAGCCCGGAGCCCGAUGCUUAGCGGGACGCGGAGCCCCGAGCGGCAGCUGCUCCUGCCGAGCGCCCCGGGCCCGGCCGCAUGGCCAACGUCGCCAAGAAGGUGUCCUGGUCCGGCCGGGAUCGCGACGAGGAGGACGAGCCCUCUGCCGCCGGGGAGGCCACCCCGCUGCUGAACGGCGCGAGCCCGGGGGCGGCGGGCGGCCCCCCGCACUCCCGGCCGAUCACCCAUUCACCCUUUCUACGCCUCGGGAAACUGAGCAGUGUGGAUCUCAACGAUGAUGUACGUGAACUGGAAACGGAGGCCACUAACCAGUUUCCCAGUGAGAUUCCUCACAACGAGAAGCUGCUCUCGCUCAAAUAUGAGAGCCUGGACUACGACAACUGCGAAAACCAGCUGUUCUUGGAGGAGGAGAGGCGGAUCAAUCACACGGCAUUCCGAACGGUGGAGAUCAAGCGCUGGGUCAUCUGUGCCAUGAUUGGGAUUCUCACAGGCCUCGUUGCCUGCUUCAUCGACAUCGUGGUGGAGAAACUGGCUGGGCUGAAGUUCAGAGUGGUGAAAGACAAUAUUGACAAGUUCACCGAGAAGGGGGGGCUGUCCUUCUCCCUGUUACUUUGGGCCAUUCUGAACUCGAGCGUGGUGAUGGUUGGAUCCGUUAUUGUCGCUUUCAUAGAGCCUGUAGCUGCCGGCAGCGGGAUUCCCCAGAUUAAGUGCUACCUCAAUGGCGUGAAGAUUCCUCAUGUCGUCCGCCUCAAGACCUUGAUGAUCAAAGUCUGCGGGGUCAUUCUGUCAGUGGUCGGAGGCCUGGCUGUCGGGAAGGAAGGGCCAAUGAUUCAUUCCGGAGCAGUCAUUGCAGCUGGGAUCUCGCAAGGAAGGUCGACUUCUUUGAAGCGAGACUUUAAGAUCUUUGAGUACUUCCGCAGAGACACAGAGAAAAGGGACUUUGUCUCGGCUGGAGCGGCUGCUGGCGUCUCAGCCGCUUUUGGCGCCCCAGUUGGGGGAGUUCUUUUCAGCUUGGAAGAAGGUGCUUCCUUCUGGAAUCAGUUCCUGACGUGGAGAAUCUUUUUUGCCUCCAUGAUCUCUACAUUCACACUGAACUCCAUCCUGAGCUUUUACCACGGGAACCCCUGGGACCUCUCCAGCCCAGGUCUCAUCAACUUUGGAAGGUUCGACAGCGAGAAACUGGGCUACACGUUCCAGGAAAUUCCGAUCUUCAUUGUUAUGGGAGUGGUUGGUGGAAUUCUUGGUGCAAUAUUCAAUGCCUUGAAUUACUGGUUAACCAUGUUCCGAAUCAGGUACAUCCACCGCCCGUGCCUGCAGGUGAUCGAGGCCAUGCUGGUGGCAGCUGUGACGGCAGCCGUGGGGUUUGUGAUGAUCUACUGCUCUAGCGACUGCCAACCCCUCCAAGGAGAUUCCGUGGCCUAUCCAUUGCAGCUGUUCUGUGCAGAUGGAGAAUAUAACUCGAUGGCCACCGCCUUCUUCAACACGCCUGAGAAGAGUGUCGUCAGCCUCUUUCACAACCCCCCAGGUUCUUACAAUCCCAUGACCCUGGGGAUGUUCACCCUGAUGUAUUUCUUUCUGGCCUGUUGGACCUAUGGGCUCACCGUGUCGGCAGGUGUCUUCAUCCCUUCCCUGCUGAUUGGAGCUGCCUGGGGGCGACUCUUUGGCAUAUCGUUGGCCUACCUGACCAGUGGAGCGAUCUGGGCCGACCCUGGGAAGUACGCUCUGAUGGGGGCCGCAGCGCAGCUGGGUGGGAUAGUGAGAAUGACCCUGAGCCUGACCGUCAUCAUGAUGGAAGCGACAGGCAACGUCACCUACGGAUUCCCCAUCAUGUUGGCACUGAUGACUGCUAAGAUCGUGGGUGACUACUUCGUGGAGGGUCUGUAUGACAUGCACAUCCAGCUGCAGAGCGUUCCUUUCCUGCACUGGGAGGCUCCAGUGACAUCUCACUCCCUCACAGCCAGGGAGGUGAUGAGCGCGCCCGUGACCUGCCUCAGGAGGAUUGAGAAGGUGGGGACGGUCGUGGACAUCCUCAGCGACACAUCGUCCAACCACAACGGCUUUCCCGUGGUAGAGAGCAACCCGGACCCCACGCAGGUGGGGCAGACCACUGGCUGGCCAGCCGCCGGCCCUGCCCCAGGACCAUGGGCAGCUGAAGUGGCGGGACUGCGAGGCCUGAUCCUGCGCUCCCAGCUGAUUGUUCUCCUGAAGCACAAGGUCUUCGUGGAAAGAGCCAACCUGACCCUUGUUCAGAGGCGGCUGAAGCUGAAGGAUUUCCGGGAUGCCUACCCCCGCUUCCCCCCCAUCCAGUCCAUUCACGUCUCCCAGGACGAGCGCGAAUGCAUGAUGGACCUGACUGAGUUCAUGAACCCGUCGCCCUACACGGUGCCCCAGGAGGCAUCUCUGCCGAGGGUCUUCAAGUUGUUCCGGGCGCUGGGCCUGCGGCACUUGGUGGUGGUGGAUAAUCACAAUGAGGUGGUCGGGCUGGUGACCAGGAAGGAUCUGGCAAGAUACCGACUAGGAAAGGAAGGGCUGGAGGAACUGUCCCUGGCGCAGACAUGACGCUCCUGGGGCGGUUGCUUUGCUGUGUUGAGCCCCGUUCCCCUGGAGGCGUCGGUAGGGAGCUGGUCCCCACAGGCUACUGCGCCACCCGGUGCAUUCAGCACGAAUGCCCAGCCCCUGAUUGUGCAUCUUGUCCGUCGCCGUGUUCCCGUUUUUUACUGGCUGCCUGUCCCUGUGUUGGCUGGGCGUCGCUGCAGCCUCCUCUCCUGUCACCCGCGGGACCAGGUGCUGGGCAGGUUCCUGGUUUCCCUCCUCUGCACGCUGGGCCCUUGGAGCAGCUUUGAGGCUAGAGAGCACUGGGUUGGGGAAGCCGAGCCCAGUGCCCUGGGGGAGCGAGAGCAUGCUACAAAGCUGGGCAGCAGACAUACCCCGGCUAAUCCCCGGCCGGCGCAUAACAAGCCAGAGCCGCCUCCGCACCCCACACCGCCUCCUGGAAUAUGUGCUCCAGACUUCAGGAACCAGAAUCAUGUGGAUCUGACCCAGUCUGCAGCCGCCAUUGACCAAUGUCCAUCCUGCCUGGGCCUCCUCUGUACCAAAGCCUUCACCUGGGACACAGGCCUGGGAGCUGGCAGGGCCUGGUCCAGUAUCUUCUAGCAGGGACCUUGCCACGCAAAGCCUCCCUGGAUCCACGGGCCACCAACUGGGGACCAGUGUCUUUAAUGCUGCCCACAGCUGAGGUGGCUUUUAAACCUGCCUGCGAAGGGAGCAGCAUACCCUAGUUCCACAGCCCCAGCCCUGCAGCUCGGCGGGGCUCCGAUGACACAGACACGCACAGAUGACCGAGCUGCCAGGGACUGGGUGCGACUGGCUCUGCCAUGUGCUGCAGCCAGGCCCUAUUUGGCUGUGACAUAUCUGGGCCUGUCUGAGACCCUGGGCCAGCCUGUGGGCACGGCCCCUCCUGGCACUGCCUGUGCUGUGUGUGUCAGACACGACGCAGCCCCCGCCCUCCUCACGACCUCUUGUCUCUCCCAGGCGGGGAUCACCCUGGGCCACUCCUGGGGAGGCUGAAUGGCCUGGGGCCAGGGCUUGUUUGGAUGCAGGCGAUUGGUGAAGAAGUCUUCCUGGGGCGUAUGUGCCGAGUGGGUGUUGGCGCCACAGGAAGGUACCCGGUGCCGAGUGCUGCCCAGCUGUGGGGCUGGGCAGGGUUGGACCCCAUGCUGGGGACAGGAGGUUUCUCUCUGUAGAGCACAGUGCUUAUCAAAGGCCUUAUACAAUGACGGCCGUGGCCUUCAGCUGCAGCCAGUCCCAGGCACCCAUGCGACUGGUAAUGGGAAGUGCAGCAUCUGGGCCCCCUUGGCCUGUUCCUGGAGAGCAGCCGUCUCAGCAGAGCAGGGCUGCCCCCUCUGUCCAGUCUGUGCCGCCUUCCCCGGUUGCUGGGCAUCCUGAGCCUGGCUUCCCUUAGGCGAGGGGCUCUAGGGGAUGGGGCAGGGGGCUGAAAGGAAGAGGGACCUGCCUAGUGAAUAUUUAUGGGAUGAAGUGAUGCCAUGUGGGACGCUGAAGUGGAGCAUUUACAAACGAUCCCCUGCUCCCGGAGGGGGGUUCGCCCCAGGCAGGCAGCCUCUGUCCCUAG